AUGUUUCACAGACGCAGCAGCUUGGGUGGUAGGAAAGUGUCUCCGCCUCAACCAACUUGCAUGACUGCUGAACAGAAAUUGACUUAUCUCGAGAACCUCCGGAACAACCGUCCUGCUCGACCGACCGGUUCCCGCCCACCCCCGUUCCCAUCCAAAGCCCACGGCUCGAUAAGUUCUCAGACGGCCCUGUCACAUUCCGACUCUGUCCCAAGCCUCGCCUCUCUCGACAGUGACCACCAGCAAGAUGGAAACCCCGCCGGAGACGAGCAUCAUCCUACAGUACACAAAUCAGUGUCCUUUUCCUCCAUCCCGUCCUCCCUUAGAGGUCGGCCGCUCGCACAACCUCCCGGGAGUGAACUACCGAUAGUAAAAGGCAGGAAGGUGUCUCCUACAGCAAUUGUGCAGGUGCUUCAAUCAUCAGAUGAAGGUAUAUACAUGGACUCAACAACCCGGGCGCUAGAGAAGGAGGAGGCCCAUAAUCUACGAGAAGCAUUGGAAUUCAUUGACCAGAAGGAUGACGAAAAGAGGAUCUACGAGGCGGCCCAAGAUGAAGCAGCUGAUUUGGUCUGGAAACACCAACACCCGAAAGCUGCAGAGGAGGAAAAGUCUGCCGCAUAUCGCAACCCUGAACUGAAGUCCCAAGCGAGAAGACAAAGCAAUGGCCAACGACAACCCAGUGGCUCCCGAAAGGUCUCAUUUCCCAACCCCGAAAGCCGGAUAUACGAGGAACCGGAAUUCAAAGAGGGGACUGUUGCAGAAUCUGUCAAGUCUCCAAGUACCACGCUGCCACUGAGAGCAAAGUCCAGAAAUACUCUUCCCUGGCUCAGGAAAAAGCCAUCGAACAAGCCAGACAAAAGUCCCCUUCCAGACAUUCCCAGGGUCGAUCGAGUUGAAAUCCACAAAAACAUUCCUACCCAGUCACACAAUGCAGGCUAUACAGCUAAUACUCCUCCACGAGGGCCAUCCAUCGAUGUCAUCGAAGAGGUGGAUACACCCAAAUCGACCGGUACCUUGGAAAUUCGGAGUGAAGAGAUCCGAGCAGCAACCAGCAUGAAGAGGAAGGAUAGGAGUCCCAACCUCCCGACGCCGACAGCCGUCAGCGACCAUCUGGGUCGACCCAUCGUCAGCUUCGAUCGAUCUUGGAAGCCCUCGAAUGACUCGCCCAGGGCAAGUCUAGAUAUGGGUAAACCGGUCAUCAAACUAACUGCCAGUGGGUCUCCUACAACGGCCAAAUUGGGUGAGAGACCCUUGCCUAGACCCGGUCGCGAUGUCCCUGAAGUGACUGUUUCCGCUCCUGUUAUUCCCACGAUCAAUCUUCCUGAUGAGACGCCACGCCAAAGACCCAGUAUAGCGAUACCAGAUCUUACCGUGUCUGCUCCAGCCGUACCGACAAUCAGUCUUCCCGAUGAUGGGCCAGGAAUUCCAACCAUCAGCAUCAACGACGAGUCAAGUCAGUCACCUGUGACGACAACCAGCAUAGCUGGUGAAACCAAACCACCUACGAGGCCCCUACCUCAGCCAUUCGCGGCGUCCCCACCCAAACCUGCACCACAGAAGAGCCUGUCGAGCCGUUUGCCCUGGCUUUCUCGACACUCACUGCCAACGGUAUCAUGUUCGAGCUGCGCACUUCCAAUCUCUGGCCGCAUCGUUACCGCGUCCGGCUCCAGUACCAGCAACCUCAAAGGCCGCUUCCAUCCCGAAUGCUUUUCCUGCCACCACUGUUCAACGCUGCUGGAAUGCGUGUCCUUCUACCCAGAACCGGACCAGAAACGUGCAGAGCGCCUGGAAAGUCUAGGCAUCGAUCCCAAUUCCGCAGACGCGGCCAACGACCCUCUGCGGUUCUACUGCCACCUCGACUUCCACGAGUUUUUCUCCCCCCGCUGUCGCUCGUGCAAGACCCCCAUUGAAGGCGAAGUCAUUGUCGCAGCCGGCGCGGAGUGGCAUGUCGGACAUUUCUUCUGCGCCGAGUGUGGCGACCCGUUCGACAGCACGACCCCGUUCGUGGAGCGCGACAACUACGCAUACUGUGUCUCUUGCCACACCAAGCGCACCUCGGCACGCUGCAGGGAGUGUAAGCAGCAGAUCUUGGACGAGUUGACCGUCGAAGCCCUGGGCGGCAAAUACCAUGAACGUUGCUUCGUCUGUUUCGAGUGCGGAGGCGGCUUUGGCGACGAAGGACGCUUCUUCAUCCGCGACGUCGAGGUCGCCCCCACGGAGAAGGAGAUGCGGAAAGGCAUCAUGCGCAAGCUUGAGGAGAAGGCUGUCUGCGGGCCUUGCGAGGAGAAGCGGCUGAAAGCCUAG